CCACUGUUCUGUUCAGACAUGCGCAUAUCUCACUUUAAGCCGGUAUCCCCACGUUUGACAAAUGUCUAGGUGAGAGUAUCGUUUUUUUAUAAUGUGCGAAAACAAGCUUCGAGUGUCAGCAACGGUGACUCUCCGUGGGAUUUAAAACACUGAUCAUCAGUUCAAACACUAUUAUUUGCAUUCGUUUAGUUCACAUCAGAGUCUUAGUCAUUUUUUUGUUGGUCAGCUGUUGAUAAACCCAUAAUGGCUGCUUGUCACGCUUACGACGACGAACUGGAAGGUCUUCAGACUGCAUGCGGUAUUUUUGGAGUCGUUGCUACCGGAGACUGGCCGACACAGUUAGACAUUGCCCACGUCAUAUCCUUAGGUCUGGUGGGUCUGCAGCAUAGAGGUCAAGAGAGUGCUGGAAUAACAACCAGUUUUGGUUCCAACACCAAACGAUUGUAUAAACACAAAGGUAUGGGUUUAGUAAGUGCAAUAUUUAGUGAAGAGCACUUAGGCAAGUUGAAAGGAAAUUUAGGAAUUGGGCAUACACGAUACUCAACAGCUGGCGAUUCCGAGCUGGCAAAUUGUCAACCAUUUGAUGUAGAUACGAUACAUGGUCGCAUAGCAGUGGCACAUAAUGGUGAACUUGUCAAUGCUGGACCACUGAGGAAAAAGGUUCUAAAACAUGGAGUUGGGUUGUCUACCGGUUCUGACAGUGAACUAAUCACCCAGUUGUUGGCCUUCUCACCCCUGGAAGAAGAAUUGGACGGUCCAAAUUGGACAGCCAGGAUUCGUUAUUUGAUGGAGCAAACCAGAACAGCAUAUUCCUUAGUUAUUAUGUAUGAAGACUGUAUUUAUGCCGUGAGAGACCCAUAUGGAAAUAGACCAUUAUGUGUUGGUAAAUUAAUAUCUGGUGGAUAUUGUGAUACAAAGCCCAUGGACAGUGACAUUGAAGGGUGGGUGGUGUCCUCAGAAUCAUGUUCUUUUCAAUCAAUUGGUGCCAAAUACCAUCGUGAAGUUUCACCCGGUGAGAUUAUACGAAUCACGAAGAAUGGUGUCAAGUCAUUAUCUAUCGUAGACAGACCAAAGAAUGAUCUACCGGCAUUCUGUAUAUUUGAAUAUGUAUAUUUUCUAAGACCAGACAGUGUUGCUGAAGGCCAGAUGGUGUAUUCAGUGCGUAGACGUUGUGGUAGACAGUUGGCAAAGGAAGCAAGUGUAGAGGCUGAUUUAGUGAGUACAGUACCUGAAUCUGCUACACCCGCUGCAAUGGGAUUUGCAGAAGAGGUUCAUGUACGUGUAGCAUCACCACCCAUCAAAUACCCUUGUUACAUGGGUAUCAAUAUUCCAACUAAAGAAGAACUCAUAGCAAACAGAUUAGCAGCUGAUCAGUUAGCAGAAUAUCUUGGUGCAUCUAGUGUUGUGUAUCUUUCUGUUGAUGGACUAGUAUCUGCUGUCAGAGCAGGAGUCUCAGAAAAAAAUGAAAACAAAAUUGGACAUUGCACUGCCUGUUUGACUGGGAACUAUCCAGUGGAAUUAGAAUGGUAGUUGUCACCCCUAUUCAUAAAUGGAGCAUUCCACAAUUGAGGUCUAUGUGUUUGUGCCUUGAUAUAAAGUAUGAAGACUAUUUACAUUACAUGUAUGGAUUUACCAGUAAUGUUUAUUUGUGUGUGUGCAUGUCUUAAAGUUUGUGGGUAGAGGUGCGCUUUCAGAAGUCACAGCGGUUAAUAAGCUCUAGCAUUUGAAUGCCAUCAUUUUUUGAACCAAACGUUUUAGUAAUAUUUUGCUUUUUUUGUGUACAUUGUAUUAUUUCUAUCAGAUCAACUUUUGACCAGUUUGCAAAUGGAAAUGAAAAAAUUUGAACAUGUAUUUUGUGAAAGUUGACAAAAAUGUUAACACAGGGUUGAACACAUUAAGUUCUCAAUAAAUUAUCAAUAGCAUUCGUCUCUAUGCAGACAGUGUGUCAAAAAAAUGCUUUUCUCUCAAA